UAGUGCUAUUGGCACAGAAUAGUAGUCAAGUAACAACAGUAGCUUAUGCUUUUGUGGGAAGCUAAUGGGAUCUUAAUACAAUUCUAAACCAAAAGUUAUUAAUAACGAAUGACAAGAAAACAAAGCAAAAGAUGAGUCAGCCAACUUUUUGAAUGUUUUGAGAAAGCCCAGAGGAUUGAAAGUUGGAGAGAUCGAGAGUUGCCCAAACUGUUUCCUUUGCGUGAAAUGGUCACACUCAAGGCAGCAUUUUGAUGCCUGUGUAGAAGAAUUGCAUUCGUCUGAAGAGCACCAGAAGAACUACACUCUAUCAGGGAGCAGACAAGGCUUUCAGAAUAAGUCACUCGCAUACACACAUGAGUGCUGUGUACCCCUUGCGCUGGGCCGUGCGCAAUGCCUGACCGGGACAGCGCCUAUCUUUCAGGUGGUGGUGGGAGUAGCAGCAGUGGUGUGGGUGGUAGUGUGGGCGACGAAGGGGGGCUAGGGGCUGGUUUUGGAGGGGGCACAGGAGAGGGCCGGGGUGGAUCAGGGAUAGGUGGAGGAAGUGGCUCUGGUUCUGGGGGCAUGGGUGGAGGAGGGGCUCUUGGGAAUGGGAACAACUGUGGGGGAGGUGGCCCCGGGGGCCUGGGGUCAGGACCGGCUCCAGACGGAGUCUGCAGAGACUUCUUGAGGAAUGUGUGCAAGAGGGGCAAAAGGUGCCGCUUCAAACACCCUGAUUUCAACGAGGUGCCAGACCUCGGGGUCCAGAAGAACGAGUUCAUUUUCUGCCACGACCACCAGAACAAGGAGUGUGUCCGCUCCAACUGUCGCUUUGUUCAUGGCUCCAAGGAGGAUGAGGACUACUAUAAGAAGUCAGGGGAGCUGCCCCUCAGGCUCAGAGGGAAGGUAGCUGCAGGGCUGGGCCUGUCUCCCAUGGACCUCCCCCACAGCCGAGGGGAGGUCCCCAUCUGCAGGGACUUCCUAAAAGGAGAGUGCCAGCGGGGCAACAAGUGUAAGUUCCGCCACGUCAAGAAGGACUAUGAAUACGAGCCGGCCAGGGUGGGGGUGGGGGGUGUCAUGGGCCCGGGGGCCAGUGGGAUGGUAAACACGGGUGGUGGGGUGGGAGGGGUUGGGGUGGGUGCUUGCGGGGGCAUGGCUGGACUGGUGGGGGGCGGAGUUGGGAGCAACAUGAUGGGGAUGGGGUGCCCCAGCCUGGGGGGGUGCAGAGAUCCGGGCAUCUCAGGUGUGGGGGGCGUAGGGGGGAGUGGGAUGGGGGGCUGCCUUGCCAUGGGGGCUUCAGGACAACGUCGCUUUGACAGGGGCCCCUGCUCGGUAUACGAUCCCCUGUUUGAGAGUGGCCUGUAUGAGACCGGGCCAUUGGAGGCCCCUGUAGACCACACAACGCUGCAGCUGAAGAGACGCCGGCUGGAGGGGCUCCGCCUGGACGGAAGUGGAGGAGGACACUAUGAGCUGGGGUUGCAGGCCGCCCUACCACCACGCCCCCUGGACUACCGCUUUCUGGAGGAGGAGAACACCUUGCUGAGGAGGCGGGUGGAGGAGCUGAAGAAACAGGUCUCUAACCUCAUGGCCACCAACGAGGUGCUGCUGGAGCAGAAUGCUCAGUUCCGGAGCCAGACCAAGGUGUCAGUGAUGACUUUGUCUUCCACCCCUGCCCCAUCUGAGCAGACCAUGGCGCCCCCUGUGGGUGCGGUGAGCUCCUACAAUCACAGCAUCGCCCAGACACACACUACCCUAAGCAGUGCUGGGCUGCAGCCUCGCACCGUCACCCUCACACAGCAGGACCUGGUGGCCCCCACCGGCGCCCCGACAGUACCCCCCUCCAAUGCAGCCCCGCCCAGUGCCCCCCCUCCACACCUCAACCCAGAGAUCACCCCGCUCUCAGCCGCUCUGGCUCAGACUAUUGCCCAGGGCCUGGUUCCCCCUGUCUCUAUGGCCCCUGUCACUGUUUCUGUGGCGCCUGUGGCAGUAUCCAUGGCACCGCCACUGCCGGGCAUCACUAUAAGCCAUGCCACCACCCCCAUGGUGUCUUACCCCAUAGCCAGCCAGAGUAUGAGAAUCACAACCAUACCCCACUGAUGCAGAUCACGUUCUGGGACACCUGUGGAUCCAGAGAUGGGCCUGGGAAUGGCCUCUCAAGCUUUACUUUGCCCGUAGAAAGUGACUGCCUCAAGGGGUCAUGUCCAGGUGGGAGACCCCUAAUGCCCGUGCUUGAUGGGCUGAGAGAAGGCUUUGGGAGAACUUCACUGUUACAACUUGAUUUAGAAGGGUGUCUGAUCCUAAAAGGAGUCCAUGGAUCAAGAGAGACACGUCUGUUGUUCAGUUAUCUUUUAAACUGCCUUUAUAGACUUCAGUUAAAUUAUUUCUGUCUCUUAUACACACGCUUUUAUAUUGUAAAUAGUUUAGCUUGGUUUUGUUAAAAAAUAUAGAAAUGUGCUAAUGCCAAUAUUUGUAUAUUUCGGUAUUAAUAAUACAAAAAAUGAAAAAUGUAUGAACUAGUUGGGUUUUGUGAGAAAAUUCUCAAAAUAACCUUAAAAGAACUGGGGGGAAAUGAUGAACAUGCUUGCACGCCUCCAUUACUUCCAUUGAUUUUGCUUUGUGACAGUGUUAACUCGAGGUCCAGAAAGCACCUUUUGAAAUAAGCAUAACAAAUUGCCAUUAACUGAAAAUAUGUCAGGGUGAUGUUCCAGGUAACCUUUGUUUCUGUAUUUUCCUUGCACCUUGAUGUUUUGUAUACAUUUAAAUUUAAACAACUACAAGAAAAUUAAAAGUUUGUCUUAUCGUGAAUUAAGCAAGAUAUCGAGAGCUGUGGAAGUUUGUUUGCUACAUUAGUAGCUAAAUGUAGGUAAGUGUAAGGAUGAAGAACUUUUACUAUACCUUUUGUAAAGAUAUAUUUUGUAUAAUCUCAAUGUACAUAUGCAGUCGGAUGAAUGUGUAAACAUAUUGUUGGGUAAAUGCGGUACAUUUUAAAAUGUAUACUUGCUAUAUAGCCUAGUCUUGUGUAGUGUGGGGUGUAAUGGCCUUCAUCACUCAUACUGGACUAUAUCACUGCAAACACUAGGCUUCUGGCCAAAACUUAGCACCAAGAUGUUUACAGAAGAUCAUGACCCCCAUUUGUGCUGUCUUCCUUUUGGUUGUGGUCUACCUGCAUGCCGUUGUGCUGCAUACGUCAGACAGCCAAUCACAAUGAGAGCCUGUGACCGGUGUUCUCCUGUCUCAACCUUCGUCACCUCAGACUGAACACUUACAAGUACAUGGCGUUUGCCGUAGACCUUGUGGGUCCGGCUUGUCAUCCGCUGGCAUCUCUGCUCUUGUGGAAUUCCGAUGCCUCGAGGAGCCUGUCCCCAUAUCAGCUUCAAGGCUGUCGUCAUUCCUAGGCAUGACAAGCCUGCUACAUGCACUGUCUGCAAGAAGAUUAUCACAGCUGCGGCAGUUUCUGAAGCAGGAUGCUACAGGGAUACUCCAGCCUGUCAGGGUGCACUGAGGAGCCACUGUGGCUCCACAAUACAUUCCCUGGUUCAUCCACUUAAGCUGUGAUGCUUCUUCAGGGCUAUGUGGGCUGUCCUAUAGUAAUUGGAAGGUUGAAACAGGAGCUCAGACACACCGAUAAAUGUUCAAAGCACUACUGAUUCGGCACAAUGGGCCAGUGGUUGUGACAACAGCAUGUGAUUAAAGAUGUCCAAAGCUUGUUGCAAAAGGUACAAAAGCUUUCAAAGUUAAACUGCAGGGGUUGCACUGACUUGUGUUGGGACUUAUAAAUGGUAGUAGGUAGUGGCACGAGAUCGAGUCUUGUUUUCAGUUAAAGCAACACUUAUGUUCAUAUAAUUCAUUUUAUUCAUUUCCUUCUGUGACAGUCCUGCUUUCAUCUUCCAAUAUAAUUAAUAGUUUAACAAAAAAUGUAGCUGGAAAAGUCAGUAAGAUGUAAUGGGAAGUCGCACUAAUGUUCCUAUUCCCAAAGUGUCUCACCAUUCUGUCAUGAAGUCUUUUUGAUCAUGACAGGAAACCACGUCCAUAAAAACUUUAAAUGUGAUUUAUUUCUGACCAGCAGGUGUCACUAUUGUACAUUGUUUGAAAGCUAUGAGUAAGGAAGGCAAGCCUCAGGUUUUAGAAAACUUUGGUUGAGCAAUGCUGUUCUGUGUCGGCUUCAUGAUGGUGUGGAAAAGCCCCAGCUUUCACCUCUUGAGCCAUCAGUGGAUGCCUUGCAGUAUAAUAUCAUUUAAAUAUGCAUUCCUGGAUUUUUGGCCACGGUUUUUAAAAGUGGUGCUGCCGAGUCUUUGAAAAUUGGUCUUUGAAAAUUGUGUUCUAGGUCGUAUACGUUAUGUGGCCGUAUGCGCCCAUGUCAUCACGACCAAUGUCUUUA